AUGGCUUCAGCGAUUUACCUCUGCCUCUGUUCUCCUCGAUCUGAUUCACCUUCGUCAAGAUUCAUCUCAAUUCACGAUUCACUUUGUUUCACACGAUCUUCAUCAACAUUUUAUUUUAGUCACAGUUACCUCAUUCUCUCAAUUCUGAGAUUCGAAAUAGAAAACGGAAACUGGAUCUAUGAAAAUCUGCCGGAGAACGUCCGGCGUGUCUUUGACGGCGUCAAAAUCAAGCAUAGAAACAAAAAUGUCUCCAGGUUGAAGCGCUUAAGGCGAAAUGAAAGUGAUGAAGAGGUGUUGCUGUGUAGUUUUCAGAGAGAAAACGAGAUUGAAGGUGAUUCUUAUGUUGUGAUGUUGUUGAGAUUACAGAGGGCCGAUUAUUUGGACUAUGAUGAAGGCUUGAAACAUGAAAGGCCUGAAAUGUUGGUACAUGUAGAUCUCAGAACUUGA